ACCUGGGUCUAUUUAAUUCAUGCUCUUCAUGGCCAAAAACUUCAGAACUUCUACUUCUACCUCCUCUGCCUACCUCUCUCCGUCUAUCACAGAUAAGGCUCGAAAGAGAUGACAGGCAUGGAACCUCAAAACGACUCCGUUUCUGGGGACCCUUCACAUGCAGUUGCCAAAACCAUUGAGAAUUUUGAUCCUCCUAAGAAAACAAAGAGAAACAAAUUUGCUUUGGCUUGUGCUGUUCUGGCUUCCAUGACUUCUGUCCUUCUUGGCUAUGAUAUCGGAGUGAUGAGUGGAGCAGCUUUGUACAUAAAAGAUUACCUUAAAAUCAACGACCUGCAAAUCGAGCUCUUGGCUGGAACCAUCAACAUCUACUCCUUGGUGGGUUCAUGCGCUGCCGGCAGAACCUCCGACUGGAUUGGUCGUCGCUACACCAUCAUAAUGGCAUGUGCCAUUUUCUUCGCCGGAGCAAUUCUUAUGGGUUUCGCCACUAACUAUGCCUUCCUCAUGUUCGGUCGUUUUGUCGCUGGUAUCGGGGUCGGUUACGCACUCAUGGUUGCCCCCGUCUACACUGCUGAGGUCUCUCCCUCUUCCUCACGCGGCUUUCUCACUUCCUUCCCCGAGGUGUUUAUCAAUGGUGGAGUAUUGUUGGGAUACGUAUCGAACUACGCAUUCUCCAAGUUACCCCUGCAACUGGGCUGGCGGUUCAUGCUGGGUAUGGGAGCCGUACCGUCAGUGAUUCUUGGCGUAGUGGUAUUAGCGAUGCCGGAGUCGCCGCGGUGGCUGGUGAUGCAGGGUCGACUGGGAGACGCCAGACGCGUGCUCAACAAAACCUCAGACAGCAAUGAAGAGGCCCAGCUGAGACUUAUCGACAUUAAAGAGGCAGCGGGAAUCCCAGAGGACUGCCAAGACGACGUCGUGCAGGUGCAGAAACAAUCCCGCGGUGAGGGUGUAUGGAAAGAGCUGCUGUUUCAUCCCACGCCCUCCGUUCGCCGCGUCCUGAUCGCCGCCAUUGGCAUCCAUUUCUUCCAACAAGCUUCGGGAAUCGAUGCCGUCGUUCUAUACUCGCCAAGAAUCUUCGAGAAAGCCGGAAUCACGUCGUCCGACCACAAGCUACUCGCCACGGUAGCCGUCGGAUUCGCGAAGACAGUGUUCAUCCUGGUUGCGACGUUUUUGCUGGACAGGAUCGGACGGCGACCGUUGCUCCUAAGCAGCGUGGGAGGAAUGGUUGCGUCAUUGUUGACGCUGGCGACGAGUCUGACAAUUAUCGACCACAACCACCCCGGGAAGAAGCUGACAUGGGCUAGCGGACUGAGCAUCGCUACGGUGCUGUCGUUCGUAGCGACGUUCUCAAUCGGGAUGGGGCCCAUCGCGUGGGUCUACAGCUCCGAGAUCUUCCCGUUGAGGCUACGCGCGCAGGGGGCAAGUAUGGGAGUGGCGGUCAACAGACUGACGAGUGGGGUCAUAUCGACGACUUUUCUUUCGUUGUCGAAUGCGAUUACCGUCGGAGGUGCCUUCUUUCUUUUCGCCGGAAUUGCAUCAGCGUCGUGGUUGUUCUUUUUCACUUUCCUGCCGGAAACGCAGGGUAAAACCCUCGAGGAGAUGGAGGGGCUUUUUAGUAAAUUUAACUGGAGAGAAUCCAAGGACAAGAGGAGACCAUCUGCCGACGGCGGCGAUGCUACUACAAGAAACGGCGGUGAGAUACAGAUGGGGAACACUUAGUCAGGUAGAUGUAGAGGGGUAUUGUAGUAAAUAUAUGCUUUUUCAUUUUCACUAGCCAUAAGUACAUUAUUUUUGUGUAUACGGAAGAGAGCAAAAAAAAAAUUUGUUCGAUGGUGAUGAAUUAAGCAAGGAAGAAAUGGGAAACUCCUCGUACGGUUAUUUUUAUCAAA